ACGCAAACCUCGUGACCAGCCCCCGUUCCCCACGAUUAUUUGCAGCAGCGUUCGCAUCCGUGCCCAUCAGCCAUGUAAAUGUAAACCCAACCACGGACCACUCUUGGCCCCUCUCUCUCUGUCUCUCUCUCACUCACGCACUCAAUUCUCCCUCUCUCUUCUUCUUCCUCACUGCAAAACCCCAAUAAUCUCGCUCUCUCUCUCUGCACAAAGGAAUUCCAAGAACUGGUGAAAAUGGCGGUUACCCAGGUCAGAAGUGGCGCCCUUUCUAACGGAUUAACCGCCGGAGCCAGUGACCGCAACCCGAUAACUCGAAAGUCCAGGUUGUUUAAUUCAUUGCACAGAAGGGGAGAUUGUAAUAUUGUAGCAAGAAGUGGUAGGAAGGAUUUGAGCAAUGCAAAUGCUGUGGGGAGAUACAAUCUGUAUGCUACACGAAGAGCACUGUGCACGCCGCUAGUGACACGCCGCAGAAGACCCUGUUUCCCGGUGGUGGCUAAUCAAUUGAGUUCGGAUUUGGGUGUGGGAUCCUCUGAGGUGGAAGGAAAGUUGGGUUUGGAGGAAGUGGAAGCUCUCAUAGGUGUAGGGAGUGGUGACCUUGAAACAUAUUCUCCAGAUGUCAAACGCGAGCUAUUGAUGCUUUCUUUACCUGCAAUUCUGGGUCAGGCCAUUGAUCCAUUAGCACAACUAAUGGAGACUGCAUACAUUGGCAAUUUGGGUUCUGUGGAAUUGGCUUCAGCUGGUAUUUCAAUGAACAUCUUUAAUUAUAUCUCAAAGAUAUUUAAUAUCCCUCUCCUCAGUGUUGCUACAUCUUUUGUUGCUGAAGACCUUGCUAAGAGUGAAAGUAAAGGUUCUAUUUCAGAAAAUGGUUGUCUAAACGGCAAUACUAAUGGUAAACUCAGAACUGUUGAUGGAGUUGUUGAGAGAAAGCAGCUGUCUUCAGUGUCUACAGCUUUAUUGUUAGCAGUUGGGAUUGGAAUUUUUGAGGCCGUGGCCCUGUCUUUGGGAUCUGGGUUGUUUCUAAAUAUGAUGGGCAUAUCAUCAGACUCACCUAUGCGCAUUCAAGCACAACGAUUUCUUCAACUAAGAGCAUUUGGUGCUCCCGCAGUAGUAGUGUCUUUGGCUCUUCAAGGAGUUUUCCGUGGAUUUAAGGAUACAAAAACUCCAGUACUAUGUCUAGGUAUUGGUAAUUCGUUAGCUGUGUUUUUGUUGCCCCUCCUUAUUUAUUAUUUUCGUUUGGGUGCAACUGGUGCAGCCAUUUCCACUGUUAUAUCUCAGUACACUGUCACCUUUUUAAUGAUCUGGUUUCUAAAUAAGAGAGCUAUACUAUUGCCUCCGAAGGUUGGAUCACUACAAUUUGGUGGAUACCUUAAAUCAGGUGGCUUUCUUCUUGGACGAACUCUUGCUUGUCUUACAACCUUGACAUUGGGAACAUCAAUGGCGGCUCGUCAAGGUCCAGUAGCUAUGGCUGCUCAUCAGAUAUGUAUUCAAGUAUGGUUGGCUGUAUCCCUUCUAACUGAUGCAAUGGCUGCAUCUGGUCAGGCCCUGAUUGCAAGUUACUUAUCAAAAGGUGAAUACAAAAUUGUGAAAGAAGUUGCUGACUCUGCGUUAAAGAUAGGAUUGUUCACAGGUGUUUCCUUGUCUGUAAUUUUGGGAGUAUCUUUUGGUUCUCUAGCUACGUUGUUCACCAAUGAUCCUGAAGUAUUAGCAAUUGUUAGAUCUGGGAUAUUGUUUGUCAGUGCUAGUCAGCCUUUAAAUGCUCUAGCUUAUGUUUUCGAUGGCCUCCAUUAUGGUGUUUCAGAUUUUGCAUAUGCCGCCCGCUCCAUGAUGGUAGUGGGGGCAUUAUCUUCCGCAUUUUUGCUAUAUGCUCCUUCCAUCUUUGGCCUUCAUGGAGUUUGGCUGGGUUUGACUCUCUUCAUGGGCUUGCGCGCAGUCGCAGGCUAUGCCAGAUAUCUGUCAAAAUCAGGCCCGUGGUGGUUCGUGCACAGGGAUUUCCAGAUAGCUCAGGUUUUAGAAUGUGCCUAAAACUGCAUGAUCCACUUCCUUUCCCAGCUAGCCACUUGAGAUUGGCAAAAUCAAUUCGAUUGAAUGAUAUCAUAGGCCGAGUAUCUCCCACAAGCCGAAGAGAGGUUUCAGCUGCGAAUUGCGCGUUUGUUUCAAUAUUUGUAUUAUAUGAUUAUGUAUUUUUAUAUUCAUUGAUAAUUUUUGCGUACGAAAAACAGACCUGAAUAUUCCUUUUGUAAAUUCCAGUUUACCUUUACUGUGAUCCUUGUGGUGAAAAAGUCAUAAUAAACACAUGUGGUGAGUCAUGUUAGCAAA